CCACGGUGGUUUGGUAGUGGGGGGGGGGUCCUCACAUCGAGAGAGAGACAACCGAGGGACCGCGGAAGGGCUCUUCUGAUUGGCGAGCGUACUGCAAGGGGGCAGCGUCAGACAUGCAGACAGAAUGGACUCCACCGGCCACGUCACCCUCCCAGAAGUCUCCGCGGCGAACAUUCUUCAGGAGGAAGCACCGGGAGGACACGUGGCCCUCCGAGAGGGCCCUGCUCGGGCAGCCCGAAGCCGACCCUCCCGAGCCCCACCAGCGCCACCUCUUCGGAUGCCCCAUGGAGGGCCUCUGGGAGGAAGGGCUCGCGCCCCGGGCAAUCAGGGAGCUCCUAGGACGGCUCUGGCGGCGAGCCCCCUGGGAGCCGGGGGUGUUCAGGCGCAGCCCGGGAUUCCGCACCUCGCGGGAAAUCCGCAACAAGAUCAACGCCAACUCCCCAGCCGACCAAUGGGAGCACGGCUCGCCCGUCGCCCUGGCAACCAUCCUCAAGGAAUUCCUUCGCUCCGUCCCUGGAGGGUUUUUCCCUCGCGACAGCUACGAGCAGUGGGUGGCUGCCGUGGGCUGUUCGGACGAUCCCUGGGAACCAGAAGCCACCGUUCGGAGGAUUGAGACAAUGCUGUGCAGCGUGUCGCCCGAGCGUCGCGCUCUGAUUGGCUCGGUGUUCCGCCUGCUGCGCCGCGUCGCCGACAACGCGCACUGGAGUCACAUGACCUCGUUCAGCCUAUCGGUGUGCACGGCUCCCAGCAUGCUCUGGGCCCCCGGGGAGAUCGACCGAAGGCAGGAGGGCGACGUCAUCGACAAGAUCGUCGCCUUCGUGCAGUUUCUGAUCGACCACUGCCACGAAGUGUUUGGGGAGGUGGAUGCUACGGAUGACCCCAACUUCGACCUCCCAGACGAUGGGGAUCGCGGUGAUGCUCAAAGCAGCCACACGGCUCAUCACCACCACCAUCAGCUGAACGUCAACCUUCCACUCAUAGCCGAAUCUGACCUCCAACUCACUCCCGAUCCAAGCACUGAUAUCCAAUUGACUACUAAUCCAAACACUGACCUCAAACUCACCCCUGAAUUUACCACUGAUAUUCAACUCUCUCUUGAUUCAAACACUGACCCCAAACUCACUCCCGAUUUAACCACUGAUAUUAAACUCUCUCCCGAUCCAAAUACUGACCCCAAAAUCACUCCCGAUCUAACCGCUGAAAUGCAACUCUCUCCCAAUCCAAACACUGACCUCAAACUCUCUCCUGAUCUAAUCACUGAAAUUCAACUCUCUCCCGAUCCAAACACUGACCUCGGACUGACUCCCGAUCUAACCACUGAUAUUCAACUCAUCCCCGACCCACACACCGACCUCAAACUCGCCCCCGAUCGAAACGCCGACCUCCAAUUAAUUUCCCACCGAAGGACUCGCCUCAAAUUUCACCCCAUCCAAAGCGUGAAGGUGAUUGUCAGCGGCGAUCCAACUGCUCACAUCCCGUUCAGAUGCGAUCCAAGUACCGGUGUCCACUUUGACCCCAAUCCAUCGUCUGACCUCCAACUUAAUCGUGAUCUGAAAACUGAUGUAAAGUCCGAACACGGUCCAAGCACGAGCCUCAAGUCUGUGCAUGAACAAAACGUCGAGGUCCAACUCCAUUCUGAUCCAGACGCUCACCUCGGACUUGACCUCGCGCUUGAUUUUGAACGUGACAACAAGGCUGACGCCAAGGAACCAGACCCUGACCUGAACCUCGAGCUGUCACUCGACCCCGACGUGGAUAAAUCACCCCGGUUCGAAGCCGGAGGAAGCAUCGACCGUCGCCUCGACCCUGACUCAAACGUUGACCCCGCCGCUGACCUCGAGCCAGCGGCGGUGGCGAUCGCCGCUCGACGUCGCCCGGCGGACAUCGAGGAGAGUGCCGGAAAUUCCCGCAUCAGGGGCACCACGUUUACCAUCGGCGCCAAGUUGGGGACAUCCCUCGUAUUACACAGGAGCCAAAUCGCUCGUGAACAAGAGCCCCACGGAAACCGCGGGGCGGACGCGUCACGGUCCGCAUCGCAGGAGGAGGCGCGACGCUCUGGAUCGGAGGCCCAGUUCUUCGGAUCGCAGGAGGGGCGAAGCUCCGGAUCGGAGGUGCGGUUCGUCAGGUCAGAGGCGACGCGACGCUCCAGAUCAGAGGAGGCGCGGUGCUCCGGAUCGGAAGCGCAGUUCUUCAGAUCGGAGGAUGCGCGACGCUCCGGAUUGGGGGCGCGGUUCUUUGGGUCAGAGGAGGUGCGACACUCAGGCGACAGCAGGCGGCCGGAGCAGAGAGACUUCCACUGGGACUCGUGGAAUCCGAGGCAGCAGACGCGGCCGGGGGUGAUCCGAAAGCUCGUGAAACGCGGCAGGAAGUCCGCCCCGCAGGAAGUCGCCGACGGUCGCCGAGCGGAAGAAGCGGAAGCUGCGGCUGUGAAGGCUUCGGCUUCGUCUAUUCAUUCCCCAUUGGGUGUCAGACGAUCCACCAGUCCCGUUAACUUUUCUGUACCGGAAGCCCCAAGUGCCAUCCCGCGAUCGCGGCCUGGGGCCAUCAAAAGGGUCGUCCGCUACAUUGAGCACCGCGUGCCCAAGGGUCAGGGCAUCCCGCGGGAAGCGCGGUUCCCUCCGCCGCUCGUGCACCAUUCCCAACGGAGCAGUCGCCUCUCCAAGCACGAGUCCUGGCCCAGGGCCAAGGGAAGGCCGUCGAAGUCCGAGCCUUUCCAAUCGGACUUGAGGUGUUUGACGCUGCCCUUUCAGUUCUCCAGCCCGGAGGUGCGGGCUCCCGCCCCUUCGUCCCGUCCCGGGGCCAUCAGAAGGGUCACCCGUUACGUGACGCACUCCACUCCGAAAAAAAUCCACGAUGUCUCGUGGGAAGGUGACGAAGGUUUCCCGGAGGAGGUCGCAGGUACCCCACUAACGGGAGAGGCCCCUAGCUCGCGCCCGGAGAGCACCCCUCCGUUUGAGCCACGGGAAAUCCCUCGACGGCCCCCGAGCUCCCUCAUCUCCUCCGACUCCUCGGACGGCCUCCGGGUAAUGGUGAGGGUGGCGCGUACGGAGGGGCGCAGGCACCGGCCCGCUCCACUCGUGGCGCUGGGCCGCGGCGUGGUUCACGUGGCCAGGCCAUCGCCGCCGUCGGCGCGUGGCAGUCGCCGGCGGUCGCUCGCCCGCCGGUCGUUCACGGACGCCCGCUGCGCUCGCCUGCCACGCAGGGUCUGGCUGUAUCGGACCCUCUGAGCUGUAAGAGAGUGUGAUGCCGCACGCAUUGAGGCUGUGAGAGAUUUUGUUUUUUUUAUGAAUUCAAAGCUAGGCUGUAGGAGAGUGUUUAACACGCGUGUGGACUUCCGCGACCAGUAACAUAUAAGCUACUCAUAUUUCAACAUUCGUCUUCGAGGUGGUGGCUGGUCGGACGGCUCAAAUAAUUAGAAGGGCACUUAAUCUGAAAAUAAAUAUAAAUCAGCUUGUUAUCCAACAAUCCCAUGACAUAGCUUACGAGGGCAACCCUACACCGCAGCCCCACACUGCUGCUGCUGAUGAUGACACCCCGCCGUGGCUAGAAUAUGCUAACCACCUCACCUGGUAUACAGGAGGUCGUGGGUUCGAUCUCGACCCUGACACCUGCUGUAUAUUUGGAGUUUGCAUCUCUCUUUCCCGGUGGUCGCGUGGAUUUUUCUCCGGGUCCUUCGUUCAUUUCCCUUCCAAAUUUAUAGUCAAUGUCUCUACACGUUUAGAGUAUUUGGCUACUCUAUAUUUUUACGUGGUGAUGAUGAUGAUAAGCCACUUCGUUGAGCUAUCAUUUGUGAUGGUCAUGUCGCUUUUGAAAAAGAGCUGUGUAGCUCAGUGGCCCUUACACAAGUUAAAAUAGAAAUAUUAUCCAUAAUAAAUAUUAGCUAUAAUAAAUAUUAACUAUAAUAAAUAUUAGCUAUAAUAAAGGGAUUUUUGGAGUUUUUUUUUGUUAGAUCACGUAAAAUAUAAAUGUGUCGUUAAAUCCGUCACCACCACCACCACCCGACAUGGCCAAAGAGUAAAGGUUUAGUCAAUAAAACAAAACGUUGCCAAUUAGUUACGAGAUCGGCACUAAGCGAUUAUUCUGCAUUGGAGAGCGUAAACCCACAGCUACAUUGACAAUUCGAGUACACACAAAAUUAAAUCUUACUUAUGAGCUAAACAGAGAUCGGACGUCACGCGCAAAGGAUCGGGGUGAAUUUUACCGAAUUUUACCGGGUAAAGUGCAUAAUGAAGGUUUACGUUUUUUGUUGGGUUACAUCACGUAAAUUAUUAAUGUGUCAUUAAACCCAUCACCACCACCACCCGACACGGCCAAUUAGUAAAGGUUUAGUCACGUAAACAAAAGGUGGCCAAUUAGUUACCAGUUCAGGACACUAACUGGUUGUUGUGUUGGAGAGUAAACCCACUACAAUAUUUACAAUUAGAGUAGCUAGUGACAUUUCGCCGGUGAUUACAACAACAGCCAGCAUCAUUAUCAGGUUGACUUGCCAGUAUUGUGAAGAAAUUUUCCUGUGUUGUCAUCAUUAUUAUCAUGGAUGCCAUCCAGUGGCGUAGUAAUACAUUAUCACUGGCGUAGUAGCUACGUUAUCACUGGUGUAGUAACGGCAUUAUCAGUGGCAUAGUAACGACAUCAUCAGCGGCGUAGUAAUGACAUAAUCAGCGGCAUAGUAACGACGUUGUCAGUGGCAUAGUAACUACAUCAUCAGUAUCGUAGUAACGACAUUAUCAGUGGUGUAAUAACUACAUUAUCAGUGGCGUAGUAACUACAUUAUCAGUGGCUGCUUGCGUUGUGGCCGAAACGUCGCGAGAAUUGUAUUUUAUUAUGUUAUAUUUUUAUUAUUUCCCUUCUACGUGACUUUACCGAAAGAACCAAGAAGAUGAAUCCCUGCAGUCACGAAAGCUUUAAAUCGAAAUUUAGUAGUUAGCUCUUUGCAACAUAACGUUACGGCUUCGAUGAAAUGUAAAUGAAACGUGGAACGUAAAUGAAAGCAUUUUCGUCAAAAAAUAAAUUGAAACCGCGUUUUAAGUGUUCGUUUGUUGUUGUUGUUCUGUUGACGCCCAACGUUACUUCCAUGCAAAGGUUGUCUCGUGCGACUCAC